CACCAUCCACAUGAAGAUACAGGACAUUCCCAGCUCCCCAGGAAGUUGCCUGGUUCUAGGCAGGGAUUUUUCUUAUUCACAGCCAGGAACAGUGCCUGGCAUAGUGUGGGCACUCAGCACAUGCUCAUCGAAUGAGUCAAUGAGUGAACGAAUGUGAGCCUGCUGUUUGCUGUGGACGAAGGAUGUUGCCAGAUAUUUGAGCAAAUACUGGGUGGUGGGAGGAGCUUAGGCUCUGAAGUCUGCAGUCUUGGGCCCAACCCUGGGCUCAGCCCCAGCCUCCCAGCCUAGCUGUGGGGCAAGACUGUGAGGCUUGUGGUGCCCACCUUGUCCAGGUAUUGUGACGCACUCGCGGCAGCAGGCAUUGCUCGAGACAGCACAGGUGCUUGCGAAAUGGCUGUGUGUCGGGAACACCAGCUCCUGUGGGUGGCUUUGUGUUCUGGUGGCAUUGCCCACACACACAGCUGUGUGCCGACAAGGGUUGUGCAAAUAGGGUUGUGUUUGGAUGUAUGCGAUGCCCUGUUUGGGGGUCAGUCUCUGCCUUGCUCACACAUCCUCUUCUCCUUUUCACAGACAUGCUUCAACUUAUCAACAACCAAGACAGUGACUUCCCUGGCCUGUUUGACCCGCCCUAUGCUGGGAGUGGGGCAGGGGGCACAGACCCUGCCAGCCCCGAUACCAGCUCCCCAGGCAGCUUGUCUCCACCUCCUACCACACUGAGCUCCUCUCUUGAAGACUUCCUGAGCGGCCCGAAGGCAGCGCCCUCACCCCUGUCCCCUCCCCAGCCUGCACCCACUCCAUUGAAGAUGUACCCGUCUGUGCCCACUUUCUCCCCUGGGCCUGGUAUCAAGGAAGAGUCAGUGCCAUUGAGCAUCCUGCAGACCCCCACCCCGCAGCCCCUGCCAGGGGCCCUCCUGCCACAGAGCUUCCCAGCCCCAGCCCCACCGCAGUUCAGCUCCACCCCCGUGUUAGGCUACCCCAGCCCUCCGGGAGGCUUCUCUACAGGGAGCCCUCCCGGGAGCACCCAGCAGCCGCUGCCUGGCCUGCCACUGGCUUCCCCGCCAGGGGUCCCGCCCGUCUCCUUGCACACCCAGGUCCAGAGUGUGGCCCCCCAGCGGCUACUGACAGUCACAGCUGCCCCCACGGCAGCCCCUGCAACGACCACUGUGACCUCGCAGAUCCAGCAGGUCCCGGUCCUGCUGCAGCCCCACUUCAUCAAGGCAGACUCGCUGCUUCUGACAGCCAUGAAGACAGACGGAACCACUGUGAAGGCGGCGGGUCUCAGCCCCCUGGUCUCCGGCACCACUGUGCAGACAGGGCCUUUGCCGACCCUGGUGAGUGGCGGAACCAUCUUGGCAACAGUCCCGCUGGUUGUAGAUGCGGACAAGCUACCUAUCAACCGGCUGGCGGCUGGCAGCAAGGCCCCGGGCUCAGCCCAGAGCCGUGGAGAGAAGCGCACAGCCCACAACGCCAUUGAGAAGCGAUACCGCUCCUCCAUCAAUGACAAAAUCAUUGAGCUCAAGGAUCUGGUGGUGGGCACUGAGGCAAAGCUGAAUAAAUCUGCUGUCUUGCGCAAGGCCAUCGACUACAUUCGCUUUCUGCAACACAGCAACCAGAAACUCAAGCAGGAGAACCUAAGUCUGCGCACUGCUGUCCACAAAAGCAAAUCUCUGAAGGAUCUGGUGUCGGCCUGUGGCAGUGAAGGGAACACAGAUGUGCUCAUGGAGGGCGUGAAGACUGAGGUGGAGGACACACUGACCCCACCCCCCUCGGAUGCCGGCUCGCCCUUCCAGAGCAGCCCCUUGUCCCUUGGCAGCAGGGGCAGUGGCAGUGGUGGCAGUGGCAGUGACUCGGAGCCUGACAGCCCAGUCUUCGAGGACAGCAAGGCAAAGCCAGAGCAGCGGCCGUCUCCGCACAGCCGGGGCAUGCUGGACCGCUCCCGCCUGGCCCUGUGCACACUCGUCUUCCUCUGCCUGUCCUGCAACCCCUUGGCCUCCUUGCUGGGGGCCCGGGGGCUUCCUGGCCCCUCAGAUAUCACCAGCGUCUACCACAGCCCUGGGCGCAACGUGCUGGGCACCGAGAGUAGAGAUGGCCCUGGCUGGGCCCAGUGGCUGCUGCCCCCAGUGGUCUGGCUGCUCAAUGGGCUGCUGGUGCUGGUCUCCUUGGUGCUUCUCUUUGUCUACGGUGAGCCGGUCACGCGGCCGCACUCAGGCCCCGCCGUGCACUUCUGGAGGCAUCGCAAGCAGGCUGACCUGGACCUGGCCCGGGGGGACUUUGCCCAGGCUGCCCAGCAGCUGUGGCUGGCCCUGCGGGCACUGGGCCGGCCCCUGCCCACCUCCCACCUGGACCUGGCUUGUAGCCUCCUCUGGAACCUCAUCCGUCACCUGCUGCAGCGUCUCUGGGUGGGCCGCUGGCUGGCAGGCCGGGCGGGGGGCCUGCAGCGGGACUGUUCUCUGCGGGUGGAUGCUCGCGCCAGCGCCCGAGACGCAGCCCUGGUCUACCAUAAGCUGCACCAGCUGCACACCAUGGGGAAGUACACAGGCGGGCACCUCACUGCCACCAACCUGGCGCUGAGUGCCCUGAACCUGGCAGAGUGUGCAGGGGAUGCUGUGUCUGUGGCAACGCUGGCCGAGAUCUAUGUGGCAGCUGCAUUGAGAGUGAAGACCAGUCUCCCACGGACCUUGCAUUUUCUGACACGCUUCUUCCUGAGCAGUGCCCGCCAGGCCUGCCUGGCACAGAGUGGCUCUGUGCCUCCUGCCAUGCAGUGGCUCUGCCACCCCGUGGGCCACCGUUUCUUCGUGGAUGGGGACUGGGCCGUGCUCAGUACCCCACGGGAGACCCUGUACAGCUUGGCUGGUAACCCAGUGGACCCCCUGGCCCAGGUGACUCAGCUAUUCCGGGAACAUCUCUUGGAGCGAGCACUGAACUGUGUGACCCAGCCCAACCCCAGCCCUGGGUCAGCUGAUGGGGACAAGGAAUUCUCGGAUGCCCUCGGGUACCUGCAGCUGCUGAACAGCUGUUCUGAUGCCGCGGGGGCUCCUGCCUGCAGCUUCUCCAUCAGUUCCAGCAUGGCCACCACCACCGGCAUAGACCCAGUGGCCAAGUGGUGGGCCUCUCUGACGGCUGUGGUGAUCCACUGGUUGCGGCGGGACGAGGAGGCGGCUGAGCGGCUGUGCCCACUGGUGGAGCACCUGCCCCGGGUGCUGCAGGAGUCUGAGAGACCCCUGCCCAGGGCGGCUCUGCACUCCUUCAAGGCUGCCCGGGCCCUGCUGGGCUGUGCCAAGGCAGAGUCUGGUCCAGCCAGCCUGACCAUCUGUGAGAAGGCCAGUGGGUACCUGCAGGACAGCCUGGCUACCACACCAGCCAGCAGCUCCAUUGACAAGGCCGUGCAGCUGUUCCUGUGUGACCUGCUCCUUGUGGUACGCACCAGCCUGUGGCGGCAGCAGCAGCCCCCGGCCCCGGCCCCGGCAGCCCAGGGCACCAGCAGCGGGCCUCAGGCUUCUGCCCUUGAGCUGCGUGGCUUCCAACGGGACCUGAGCAGCUUGAGGCGGCUGGCACAGAGCUUCCGGCCUGCCAUGCGGAGGGUGUUUCUACAUGAGGCCACGGCCCGGCUGAUGGCGGGGGCCAGCCCCACACGGACACACCAACUCCUCGACCGCAGUCUCAGGCGGCGGGCAGGCCCCGGUGGCAAAGGAGGUAAGGGGCAGCUGCUGACCAGGGAUGUGCUGUCUGCUCAGCAGGGAAGGGCACACAUGGGGUGUGAUACCAAGGGAGGCUGCGUGUGUGUCAGAUGGGACAGACAGGCCUGGCACAGUGGCUCACGCCUAGCACUUUGGGAGGCCCAGUCAGGAGGAUAGCUUGAGCCCAGGAGUUGGAGGCCGCAGUGAGCCUGGGUGACAGGGAGAGUCCCUAUCUCAAGGAAAAAAACAAAAAAACAAGCAUCUUCUUGGUGGUUACCUGAUGACAGUUCCUUUCACAAGAAAUCAGUGGGGCAACUGUCAUUUGUGGGAUAUAUGACUACACGUGCGUGACUCAGUCUGUGGACUUUAUGUGUGGGCUGAGACUAGGGUGGGGAGAGG